AAGUUAAUCAAUCAGUUUUAUAGCGAUAUUUCUACUAGUUUCAAACAGGUUGCAUAUCCAGACGUUUUUCAAUGGGGUCACAAUGAGUGACGCAAUGAUCAUUAACAGAGAGGAAGUUUGGGAAGAAUGGACAAGGAAUUACCAAAUAACAUCAAAGGAUAAAGGAAUAUGGCACUUUUCCAUACUAAACACUCCAAAGAGACAGUGCUGGUUCAAAGACCUAGCCCUGAACAGCAAACAAACCAAAAUCCUUAGCAGAAUCCGAAGUAAUCACACUUUAACGAAAGCAAAGAGAUUCCAAUGGGGAUUAGAAAACGAUAAUAUGUGCGAAACGUGCGGGGAAAUUGAAGAUUUGAACCACGUUUUGUAUUACUGCUCAAAACACAACGAACUUAGAAGCAAAAUCCCAGCAUUGGAAUACAUGAAACCAUUGAAGGAAGUUUUCAUAGAAGAAUGUGAAGAGAGUAUGAGGCAAAUAGUAAAUUUCAUCCAAGAAGCAAAUUUACAUAUAUAGUUAACUAUAGUAAAACACAAGACGACCACACAUAAGAAAACAAAUAUAAAUGUAUGUUGGCGAGAUGGAUCAACUAUGGUCUCAGCCCUGUCCGUCAAAGACAAAACAUCAAAAAAAAAAAAAACAGGUUGCAUGUUAUUUUCUAUAUAAGUUAUGCUUGUGCGUGCCUGAGUAUGGUUUACGAUACACUCUUGUUAAAAUGCGUUUAAUUGCAAUCACGGGCCAUCAACAAACCCGUAGUGUCAGUGAAUUUGCAAGUGUUUCGACCGCUAUGGCUCCAAUAAAAUUGAACAAACGCAUUUCGGUGUCGACGUUUUUCGCUAAAUCUCACCCGAGUGAUGAGUGCUGUGGCAGCAAUGGUCUUCCAUUAACGCCCAAUUCUAUCGGGAUAUUUGGCCGAGCACAGCUUCUAAAAAGCGAUUUGCUCAAGCAUGAAAACCUUUGCGAAUAUUUGGAUAUUGUUCGGGGAAAACAUGAAAGGACAAUAAUCGUGCAGGAAAGCGCUGGCAGUCCGCUGACAGAGACUUUUAUUGGUGAGAACAAUAAGCAUGAAAUGCUUAUGCGAAUAGCUUUCCAAGUGCUUCGUGCACUAGGUCAUCUGAAUGAACAAGGACUAAUGUGUCGGAAUUUGGAACCUGGAAACAUUCUCAUCAGUAGGGACUUUAGUGUGAAAUUGUAUAACUAUGGAAUGUAUUAUAUGACUGACGGAGGAAAAUAUGUUUCGUUUCCCAUUGGGAAUGUAAAAUAUCAUGCACCAGAAGUUUUGCUAGAUUCAAAACAAAAUAUCAAAAGCGAUGUAUGGGCUUUAGGAAUGAUUCUGGCCGAAUUAGCCCUAGGCGAAACGUUUUGGGAACGACUAAAAUUGUCUCAAAUUGUUAGAAAAAUACUAAGCCUAACUACUGUCUCCAAUGUGUUUGAGAAACUGGCGCGAGAACAGCAGAAACUGGAAUUGUUCCAUUCGUUAGAUCCGGCACUGAAACGCAUCAUCGAGGAGUGUUUGAUUGUUUCCGUCCGGAAGCGACCACAAGCCCAGGAACUGUUGGAAGAUGAGGCGUUUGAUUUUUUACGUGGAGAAACUUUUGGUUUUCUGGACCCAGCUGGAUUGACUUUGCUGGAACGUCAUUGUGAUAAUUUGGCAGAAAUUUACUAUCUUUGGCAAUUAGCCGGUGGUGAUGUGCAACAAGAGUUGAAAAAGGAAGGACUAAUAAAAAGCGAGGCACCUAUUUUAUCCCUGCCGAAUUUGGUACUUCUCAAUGGAAAGUCGAUCUCUCCGCCAAAAAGUCAAAGUUUUCUGCAUGACAACCGCGGCAUAUGUUUGAACUUCAACAUUCUGCUUGAGCGUUUAUCGAAAAUUCCCGAAGAAGAUUAUCUUCCGUUGAUCUACACCACCAAUGCGUAUUUAGAAUCUCCUGUUUUUAAAACCGAUUUGCCAUUGGUGAUACGCGAACGUGAUACUGUUUACCAAUUUCAUCGUAUAAUGCUACUUAAAACGUUGCUGCAUGGCUACCCUUAUACUCAAGAUCUACUCAAAAGUUUUGCUAGUAAGGACAUUCCGCCACCCUUUCGUGGUAAAGUUUGGGCUUGCCUAUUAGGUGUCAUAGAGAAUGGUAUGUACGAACAGCUUGAUAAGUGCAGCCCGACUCAUACUGAUCGACAAAUCGAGGUGGAUAUUCCUCGCUGUCAUCAGUAUAAUGAGCUUCUCUCAUCCCAGGAAGGGCACAAUAAGUUAAAGCGACUGCUGAAGGCUUGGGUGACCGCUCAUCCGCAGUACGUCUACUGGCAAGGGCUGGACUCAUUGACGGCACCUUUCCUAUACCUCAACUUUAACAAUGAAGAGCGAGCCUUUCUCAGCCUCUACAAAUUCAUACCGAAAUAUUUGCAUUUGUUUUUCCUCAAGGAUAACUCCGCAAUCAUCAAGGAGUAUUUGGUGAAAUUCUUUCAGCUUAUAUUUUUCCACGAACCCGUUCUGGCUAAACAUCUGCAUGGAAUUAACUUCAUCCCAGAGCUGUACGCUAUACCCUGGUUUCUGACAAUGUUUAGCCAUGUUUUUCCUCUGCACAAAAUAUUCCAUUUGUGGGAUAAGCUUAUUCUGGGCGAUAAUUCGUACCCUCUAUUUAUUGGUAUUGCAAUCCUGAAGCAGUUGAAGACAACGCUGCUUACUUCGGGCUUCAACGAGUGUAUUUUGCUAUUCAGUGACUUACCGGACAUUGUAAUGGAAACAUGUGUGAAUGACUCCGAGUCUAUGUACCAAUUUACGCCUAAGAGUAUUGCCUACCGAAAGUACGCAAUGCACGAAGAAGAACCGGGAGAAUUUGAUCUCAAAUACACUGACGAAGAUCACAAAGAGGUGCAGAGUGAACUGUAUCCCCGCAUUAGCGUCUACGAUUUGAUUCGACUGCUACGGGAUCGACCGGCUAGCGUUGCAGUUUUGGACCUACGAUGCAAUCUAGAGCAUCGCAAAGUGGCUAUCGACAAUAGCGUAAACGUUCCGUUCAGCUCUGUUUCGCUGAAGGAGACUCGGUUGGACAUUUUGAAUGUACCGAAGCUGGAGGCAUAUAUGCGCAAAAAAAUUAUCGUCAUCGUGAGUACAUCACACGAAAGUGCGAUGCUGUUUGCCAAGUUCUUAGUGGACUGCCACGUUCCGCAUGUUUGUAUUUUGCACCGUGGGUUCGAUGCGGUGUAUCGAACCGACGACAAGCUGGUUCUUCAGACAUUUGACUACAUCAAUACGCUAGCGAAAAGUGUACCAAAUAUUUCCAACUUUGUGGAAAGUUGAACAUUUUUUGGUCGAUUGUUAUGUUUAUCUGAGUGGAUAGUAUUUGCAUAGGAAACUUUAUUGUGGAAUUUAUCAUUUAAUGUAUGAUUAUCAAACAGGUUCAGUCACUCAUAGAGUAUUGGGAUUAUUUCGAAAAAUAUACCUAUAGUAUAUUAUGUUUUGAAGAAUUAAA